CGCCGAGGCUAGCGGGAGGCGGUUAGCGGCGAGGAAGGGCUGCUGGAAAGAACAAGUGGCUUGCACUUGGCCAGGUGCUUUUGCACUUCAAACUUUUCCGCUUUGAGGAUCUCCUGCCUGGUUACAGUGAUGUGGUUCUUGGAAAAGAUCAGAGCAUCACAUGAAAGUGGACACCUUCCUAGCACCUCCUUCCUAGGACUGCCACCUGGCCAAAAUCUGCCUGAAAAAGCCCGACUGGGGGCUGCUGUUUUUCCUAAUGUGCUUACCCCUGACAGAAUCCCUGAAUUCUGCAUUCCCCCCAGGCUGACCAGCUCUGGCUCUGUUAAGGGCACUGGCUCACUCCAGGACCGCAGUUCAGAGGAUGCAGAUAUUAAUUCACGUGAUUACAGCCCCAGCUCCUCUUUGCCACAUCUCAUUCAGGUGGAAAGUGCUGAAGAGAUCCCAGCCCUGGAGGAAGAAAGCACCAACUCAGACCCACAGUCUCAAGCAGCGCUCUCCCUGCCUCACUUUCCAAGAGCCUCUACUUCCUAUGGAUUCUGCACUUUGCUGGAGAGUCCCCACACCAGGAGAAAGGAGUCCAUCUUCCAUGGUGACCCACGAGGUGCUCUGCCCAGCUUGAUGCUGUCUCGACCCAGAGCUAACACAUUCAGUGGCAAAGGGAAUAUGUCUAAUCCCAUUGCUAUCAGCUUUCCUUCUGUGAGGCUACCUCCCAGGCAUCCCUCUCUGCAUAGGCAAUAUGCCUGUGACAGUGAUACUGCCUCCUCCAGUGAUUCCUCCCCUUUCAGUUCUCCACUUCUCAGUAGAUCACCUCCCAAAUCCUGUUCCCUGAUCAAAACACAAAGUCAGGAGGGAUUGCUCUGCCGAGCACUGAAAGCCAAGAACAAAAGUAGCGUGGCCAGGAACAAUUCCCUCUCUACAGAGGAGAGCAGCUCCACUGAUAACAGCCCCAGUGCCAUCAGGCGGGCCUCAGAGGGGCUGCUUGCCAUGCAGAGCUUUAGUAUGUCCUGUUCUCCCAUCUUUCCCCUGGACCUUACCCGCAGUGGGGAGAGACUAGUGGGAGAGAGCACUGUGGUGAUGGACAAGGGAGGCAUGUUGAGGCUGUCAGCUGAAUACUGCUCAGAGAACGAAAGGCUGCGGAUCCGCCUGAUCAGUGCAGAGGGUUUGUAUGAUGACUCUAUAGAGCCCAAAAACAUAAACUGCUGUAUCACCUUCUCCCUGGUGCCAGGGAAAACUCAGAAGCAGCGAAGCACUGUCAUAAAGAGAAGCAGAAAUCCCAUCUUCAAUGAGGACUUCUUUUUUGAUGGCAUUGCAGAAGAAGAGCUUUGCAGCCUCUCUGUAAGGAUGAAGGCAAUGAAUAAAGGCUGGAGUAUGAAACGGGAUUACACCUUAGGAGAACGGGAGUUGUCUUUAAUCAGUAUGUUGUCAGUGUAAUGCUUCAAACAUUCAGACAGACUAAUUUUGUCUUAUGAAAGUUUUCUAUAAAUAAAGCUCUGGAUUGACUUUUAAAAGAA